CUCAUCCGCUCUAAACAACCUCAUCAAAACUCCUUUCUGGUCAGAGAGAAGCAAUAAUUAUUAUUAACAUUUAUUGACGAUCAAUAAACGUGUUGCGUUAUGGCCAGCACGAUCAAGGAAGCGCUGUCGGUGGUCAGCGAGGACCAGUCGCUGUUCGAGUGCGCUUACGGGACAUCACACCUGCCCAAGUCCGACAUGACGGCCUCCUCCUCCGGGGACUAUGGCCAGACGUCCAAGAUGAGUCCCCGGGUGCCGCAGCAAGACUGGCUGUCCCAAACACCCACCAGGGUCACCAUCAAGAUGGAAUGUAACCCCAACCAGGUGAAUGGCUCCAGGAACUCCCCUGAUGAAUGCAACGUGGCCAAAGGCGGGAAGAUGGUGGGUAGCCCGGACCCGGUGGGCAUGAACUACGGCAGCUACAUGGAGGACAAGCACAUGGCACCCCCCAACAUGACCACGAAUGAACGCAGGGUGAUCGUCCCCGCAGACCCCACGCUCUGGAGCACGGACCACGUGCGGCAGUGGCUGGAGUGGGCUGUGAAGGAGUACAGCCUGUCCGACGUGGACCUGCUCCUCUUCCAGAACAUCGAUGGCAAGGAGCUGUGCAAGAUGACCAAGGAGGACUUCCAGCGGCUCACCCCGAGCUACAAUGCCGACAUCCUCCUCUCGCAUCUCCACUACCUCAGAGAGACGCCACUUCCACAUUUGACUUCAGAUGAUGUUGAUAAAGCAUUGCAAAACUCUCCGCGGUUAAUGCAUGCUAGAAACACAGGGGGCGCAGCUUUCAUUUUCCCCAAUACUUCAGUCUAUCCUGAAGCUACGCAAAGAAUUUCAUCUAGGCCAGAUUUACCUUAUGAACCACCCAGGAGAUCAGCCUGGACAGGUCAUGGCCACCCCACCCCCCAGUCAAAAGCUGCUCAACCAUCCCCUUCCACGGUGCCUAAAACUGAAGACCAACGCCCUCAGCUAGAUCCAUACCAGAUUCUUGGACCCACCAGCAGUCGCCUUGCAAAUCCAGGGAGUGGACAGAUCCAGCUCUGGCAGUUCUUGCUAGAGCUCCUUUCUGACAGCUCCAACUCCAGCUGCAUCACCUGGGAAGGUACCAAUGGCGAGUUCAAGAUGACAGAUCCAGAUGAGGUGGCGCGACGCUGGGGGGAGCGCAAGAGCAAACCCAACAUGAACUACGACAAACUCAGCCGUGCACUGCGCUACUACUAUGACAAGAACAUCAUGACCAAGGUGCACGGCAAGCGCUAUGCCUACAAGUUUGACUUCCAUGGUAUCGCCCAGGCCCUGCAGCCACAUCCCCCAGAGUCCUCCCUCUACAAGUACCCCUCGGACCUCCCUUAUAUGGGCUCAUACCAUGCCCACCCACAGAAGAUGAACUUUGUGGCCCCCCACCCCCCAGCGCUCCCUGUGACAUCGUCCAGUUUCUUUGCUGCCCCCAACCCCUACUGGAAUUCACCCACUGGAGGGAUCUACCCCAACACGAGGCUUCCCGCCAGCCACAUGCCUUCCCAUCUGGGCUCUUACUACUAAACACCCGAAGAGGGAUUCCCUCCUUCCCUCCUCCCCCCUUCCCCUAUCAACCCUUGCCUGCCACCAACUCCAUCAGAGAAUACACGCGCCCAAAGUGCCUCUGCAGGAAUGACCGUACUGGGCCAGGGGCUGGGGAAAAAGAACCAAAGACUGACUUCACAGGAGCCAUGACUAUUAAGUACCAUGUCAGCCGCCGAGAGGCUGUUCAAAUGGGAACGUCUAUAGAGGACAAACUCUCGUUGCACCAACCUUGGAAAAGACAUUGGAAGUCCAAGAAGAAUUGUGCCAAAGAAAGGUAUCUUCAGACCUGUAUAUGCUCAAGAGUCUGGGGUUCCACAGAAGCAAUAGAGACCCAUGCAGUCUCAACUCAUUAUCUCUUUGAUGAUCUCAUUGCCAGGAAAACUACCUGUAUUUAAAAAUCCAAACAUAUCAAAGACACACAAGAAGAGUGUGGCCUCCCCAUCACCCCUCUCAAUGGACAUGGAUGUGGGGCUCAUCAACACAUCCUACUGGGGGAUGAGUUGGGCUUCAUUCUGUUGGAUGGAGAAAUGCGAGCUCUGUGAAACUGUGAAGAUGAACCCAAGAGUUCCAACUCCUUGACAGUCAUAUUCCGGGAACCAGAAUGUAGAAGAGUGGGACUGGGGAUGUGAACAGAGAGGGUGUGUGGUUGUGGAUAGAGGGUCAAUAGAGGUGGGACAGGAAGAGGUGUGGGAGGAUGUGCUGAUCAGCCUAUACAAGGGGCUUCUCAAGCCUUUGAGUGUGGACAUGGAA